AAGAAAAGUGAUUUAAAAUUCUUGUUUAGAUCAAAUGAAUAAAUACAGAGAUACUGCAAAUGUAUACUCUAAAUUGCCGGAAGGCAAAGCCGUUGCCAUGGAGUCAUCCGGGUCUUCAGAGGAGGACGGAGAAGAGGCUGACGCCCCACCGCUUCCCAAGCGUAACAUGAGAGUCAAAUUUCAAGAAGAGCCUCUCCCCAAGAAAGAAAAAUCCAAACCAAAACAAAAGCGAAGUAUAUUAAAGUGGAAAGAAUCAAAUGGAGAUUUUCGCGAAUACUUGCUUGCUAAUGGGUUGAAUGAGGCGACAGUGCAGAAAUUACUGGAUGAAGAAAUUGAAGAUUUUCAAACUUUAAAAAUACUAAGCGAGGAGGACAUUGAAAAGUUAGACCUAAAGACCGGACAAAAGGCAAGGGUACGAAGCUUGACCAGAGGUCAAGAAAGUUCAACAGAACACCGACUGUCUGAUAGGCAAAAUCCUGUUAAGGUUAAAGGUCGAAGUUCAGAUCAAGAGGAAAAAGAGCCACGAUUUGUUAAGUGUUCUCAAGGUGAACGCUUUCCUGUCAAGAAAUUAUCCACAGACUCAAGAACCAAAACGAAAGUUCAAGUGACGAAAAACACCACUGGGCUGGUAUAUGUCUCUUCUUCUUCUUCUUCCGGGUCUGAUGAGGACACGAAAGGAGAGGUCCGUAUGAAGCGGGACACACUUCGGGGGGAUAGCGUGAGGGUGGCAAACAAAGGGGAGAGGGACGUGGACCUGACUUACAAGGUGCUGCAGACAGACGAAAAGGGAAAAGUCGUGAUGGAGCUUUCUACAAGACAAGACACGGAGAUACAUUGCGUCAAAGCUAGGAUUCUGAUUUUGGUUGAUAUAAGCGGGAGUAUGGGAAUAAAGUACGAUAAAAGACGUAAACACAGCAAGCUUUCACGAAUGAAGAAGUUUGCCAUUGAACUGGUGGAUUCUCUGGACGAUGGAGAUUUCGCCUCUGUUGUCACUUUUGGCGAAAAAACUCAAGUUUUGGUGCCUCUGCAGGAAAUCAAUAGAAAAACUCGAAGAGAAUUAAAGACUGUUUUGGAGACAUUAGACAAGACAUACCUCUCAACAAAGACAAAUCUUAGUGCUGGUCUCUCAAGGGCUAUCGACAUAUUUAGUGAAAAGGCCAGAGGACCCGAAGAUCUACUGAUGUAUAGAAACUCCAUUAUUGUUUUCUCUGAUGGUGAAAUAAACGAAGGCACGAAAGAGCCAAACAAACUGGUUCAUGAAGUUAGAGAGAAAAUUCGAAAAAACGCGUUUGAUUUGGACGACUCACAGAAUCAAUGGGUUAGCAUCUCCACCAUAGCUACCGGAAAUGAUAUAUCGGAGGCAAUGUACCUACUGUCAAAAUGCUGCAGCAGCGAUGCCUUCUACCAUCUAGAUGUCCAGAAGUCCGAGAUGGAUGACCCUGACCUUUUUCUUCCGGUCAUGCUUCGAAAGACCGCAGUCGUUUGGAAUGUUUCUGUAGUAAUUGAAGCUGUUAAUGGUGCAACCAUUAUAAAUAGUGAAACUUCACAAGACAACAAAGUCCGUUUACGUGGAAGUUCAAGUGGUCGAAACAAAUCCGAGAAAGCUUUCUUUUAUUACGACAUUCCAGCAGCUUCGACGCGCCAUAUUGGAGUAGCAUUAGAUUUGAGUAACGUUAGUGAUGAACCUAACACUGUUGUGUUGAAAGCGAAGGUCGAGUAUACGAAAGCAUCGGGAAUGAGGAUGAAAUAUUUUGUAGAAAUUGCUAGAGGCGAAUUUACAGACCAGAAAGAGGGGAGGUCUGAUGCUAUAAAUGCAAAUCUGAUGCACGAUGCAAGACUCAUCUCUCAGAAUAUCCUUCACAAAGCCGCAGAACACGUAAAAACUGGAGACAUCGACGCCUCAACUGCACAAAUAAAACAGGGACAAAGCGAGUUACAAGCCAUGAUGGAAAGAUAUGGUGCUAUGGCUGCUGAGGAUCCAACGUCUGAAAAAAGCCGCGGGCGUCCCGGGAUCGUGUCCACUGCAGAUACCUUGAUGACGAGCAUGCGCGAUAUGUUGGAAGAUGUCACAGAGGAAAUGAAACCCGCAGGAGAAACUAAUUAUGCAGAAAGUAUUAUGAAAACUAUGCAAAACCUGUUAACAGACCUAGAGGAAAGUAAAACACACGAUUCCCACGAAUCUGACGGGAAAAGCUGGGCAAAGAUCAAAGCUGUUUCCUCUGCAAUUACUCGCGAGGCACCAACUAUGUCCAAUGACGUAGACACUGAUCUUUUGGCGCCACUUCCGAACAUCCGUCAUGUAUCUGGAAAUAUACAGCAACAAAUGGAGAACCUCCAAAAGAAAAGAGAAGCGCGGAAAUCCGCACAGCCUGGUAUUCUGCAAUAAAACAUUGAUAGUAUUAGGGACAUUUCUGUCAAGUCAAGCAUUAUUCUAAACAUUGUUUAGUCUAGAUGGCAUUUUCAAAUUCUUUCAAUGUAUUUGAGAUAUAGUUUUUUGAUUUGUCGUUCCUUAACCGCGUUCCUUAUUAAUAUAUUUAUACUACGUGUUUUGGAAUUCACCAUACAAUAGUUUACCAGGGUUUUAGUCAAUCAUACAUGUAUGUACUUUCAAUAAUGUAAACACUGUGCAAGUGUUUUGGAAUGUUUUUAUUUAAUGGGAAACUUCAGUACUUGAACACUUAUUUAGAUUUUUAUUUAUUGCAUUAUUUUUCAGUAUUUUUAAAUUGUAAAUAAGUUUGCAUUAUAUACAUUGCAUGUACAUAGUAUUUAAUCUUUGAAAAGCUUUGCAAGCGUUGCCUUUUAACCAAGGAAUUGAAAGGAUUUGCGGGUGUCUAACAGUAAUCACUUUGUUUUUGGUCGUUUUGUCCACCCACAUCAAUGCCCUUGGUAAAUGGAGAAAUGGACACUCAAAUAAGGUGACCUGGAUAAGUAGAGAUUAAAAUGAUGAAGCUUGAGGAAGGGAAGUUCAAAUCAUAGUUCUGGGAAAUCAGAGACUCAAAAUACCAGUGUGUGCCAUGGUUUAAAGGAGAUAUAAAUGAAGUGGGAGAUUCUAAUGAUAUUUUCUUUGGAAGAGGGUUCAAAUGGAGUGGGGAUUCUAAACAUGUGAUCUCUGGAAAGGAAGUUCAAAUGAAGGGGAGAUUCUAACCAUAUGUUCUGGGAAAGGAAGAUUCAGAUGAUGCAUUUGGGAAGGGGCGACUUAAAGGCUGUUACACAGGCUUAACGGAAAUUAAUACUUUGAUUUAUCUUUGAGAAGAGGAAAUUCAUAAAGAGGGAAAAUCAAAUGACCCAGUACUGGAAAUGAUAAGAUUCGGAAAAGGGGGCUCAAACAUGAUGAA